ACUCCAUACUAUUCAGCUCUUGAGAAGUCACUUACCUUGUGCAUUUUCAACCAGGAUGCUCCGAAAUAUCCUUCUUGCUUCUUUCCUCAUAGGCUCAGCCUGUGCCAUGCACCUGGAAUACCUGAAAGUUGACUCUGACGAACUCCUUGAUGGGAAUUUGAGUGAGGAUUUGCCAAUGACUAAAGAACAGAUCCCUGUUGUGUGUUGGGCUUGUAAGUGGGUCAUGAAGAAAGUGAAGAAACAUCUUGGUAAUCAUGAAAAAGCUGAAAGUAUUAGAGCAAAGUUGAAAAAUGUCUGUGACAAAAUCGGUCUUGCGAAAACUGCCUGUAAGAAAAUGAUCGAUAAAAACAUGGAUAUUCUGGUGGAUGAACUUUCUUCUGGUGAUGAUCCAGCAACAAUUUGUGUUAAUGCUGGUCUUUGCAAGGCGGUAGGCAUGCUGGAAUUGAUUCAAGCUUUGCCACAAGUCUACCAGGAGAUCUGAAGGAGCAUAUUUGAAAUAUAAAUGUUUGCAAUCCAUUCCUUGUUAAUAAAAUAUUUGAAAACAAUAA